ACUGUAUUAGGACCAGUCAUAUUUUGUCGGGCUGCCAGACUUUUCCGACAAAAUUUGUUCAAUGUAUAAAUAAAUACAACAGCAGCGAUGGGCUUCCUCACAGUAUUGAAAAAGAUGCGACAGAAGGAGAAGGAGAUGCGCAUCUUGUUGUUAGGCCUGGAUAAUGCCGGCAAGACGACGAUCCUCAAGCGCUUCAACGGCGAACCCAUAGACACAAUUUCGCCCACACUGGGGUUUAAUAUAAAAACCCUGGAGCACAACGGGUAUACUCUGAAUAUGUGGGAUGUGGGUGGUCAGAAGUCCCUGCGAUCGUACUGGAGGAACUACUUUGAGUGCACCGACGGUCUGGUGUGGGUGGUAGACAGUGCGGACCGCAUGCGCCUAGAGUCCUGCGGUCAGGAGCUGCAGAUCCUGUUGCAGGAAGAACGACUAGCGGGCGCCACCCUCUUGGUGCUGUGCAACAAACAGGACCUACCCGGCGCCCUCACCUCGAAUGAAAUUAAAGAGAUACUACAUCUGGAGGAGAUCACCACGCACCACUGGCUGGUGGCCGGAGUUAGCGCUGUGACCGGUGAGAAGUUGCUUAGCUCCAUGGACUGGCUGAUCGAUGACAUAGCCAAACGAAUAUUCACAUUGGAUUAAAUAAACUCCUCUACUUUUCCACUAAAUA